AUGGCGGAAGAGAAGGAUAUCCAGCCUACCAUGGCUCCUCCCCUGGAUCAUGAUUUCGAUCAUGAGGCUGAUCACAAGCGCGCUGCCAACAAACUUGUUGACGACGCACGACUCGCUACCGACAAUGAACGGAAGAUGACCCUGAUGCAGGGCAUCAAACUCUAUCCCAAGGCGAUUGGAUGGUCUGUCCUCAUCAGCACGUGUAUCGUCAUGGAAGGGUACGAUGUUUGUCUACUGAACAACUUCUUCGGUUUCCCGCAAUUCAAGCAAAAGUAUGGCGAGCAGCUUCCGGACGGCUCAUGGGAGAUUCCAGCAGCAUGGCAAGCCGGACUCUCGAACGGAGUUAUUGUGGGCGAGAUCAUUGGACUGUUCCUCAACGGAUGGAUCAGUGAGGCUAUUGGAUACCGAUACACUGUCAUGGGAUGCUUGCUUCUAAUCAUUGGCUUCACUACGAUCUUUUUCACAGCUCAAACAGUGGUGCACUUGCUGGUUGCGGAGAUUCUUUGUGGUAUCCCAUGGGGUGUCUUCCAGACGCUUACAAUCACGUACGCUUGCGAAGUUUGCCCUGUUGCUCUACGCGGAUACUUGACGACCUACGUCAACUUCUGCUGGGGCCUAGGCCAAGUUAUCGGCAUUGGUGUCAUUCGCUCCAUGGUCGACCGACCUGAUGAGUGGUCGUACCGUAUUCCUUACGCGCUCCAAUGGAUGUGGCCAGUUCCUCUUAUCAUUGGUGUGUUCCUGGCACCCGAGUCGCCAUGGUGGUUAGUCCGUAAGGGGAGAAUCGACGAUGCGAAGAAGGCUCUGCUUCGACUUACCAGCCUCGACCGCGAAACCGAUUUCGAUGCCGAUGAAACGGUAGCAAUGAUGGUACACACUACUGCUCUCGAGGAGAAGAUCACUCAAGGAGCUAGCUACUGGGACUGCUUCAAAGGUACUGACUUGCGUCGUACUGAGAUCGUGUGCAUGGCCUGGGCGAUUCAGAACCUGAGUGGAAAUGCUUUCUCUGGAUACUCAUCUUACUUCCUUCAACAAGCUGGCCUACCCGCAUCAACUUCCUACGACUUCGCAAUGGGCCAGUAUGGUAUCAACAUGGCCGGUGUCUUUGGCGCAUGGUACCUUAUGAAAGUUGGGUUUGGACGACGAACGCUCUAUCUAGGAGGUCUCUGUGGACUAUGUGCUAUGCUCUUCGUCAUGGGCUUCCUUGGCUUGGUGCCAGACUCUCAGCGCGAAACGGGUGCUAUGGCUACUGGAGCUAUGAUGAUAGUGUGGGCCAUGUUCUACCAGCUGACUGUCGGUACCGUGUGCUACUCCCUCGUUGCUGAGCUCUCCACACGUCGCCUCGCUAUCAAGACUGUUGUUCUCGGUCGCAACCUUUACAAUGUUAUCGGCAUCAUCACAUCCGUUCUCACGCCCUACAUGCUCAACCCAGGAGCCUGGAACUGGGGCAACUACGCCGGAUUCUUCUGGGCCGGGUCCUGCUUCCUAAGUAUCGUCUACACGUAUUUCCGUCUUCCUGAGCCCAAGGGCCGCUCCUUCGCCGAGCUAGAUCUGCUCUUCGAGAAGCGAAUUAGCGCGCGCAAGUUUGCGAGCACAUCUGUCGAUGUGUUUGAGGAUAGUCAUAUCCAGGGAACUGCUGCUUUUGACCGCUACGAAGAAAAAGUUGAUGCUGCUGUGAGAACCGAAUCUGUUGCUGCUGGUGUUACGAAGGUUUAA